AGCAGCUCUGAAUGGUAACUAGUAAUGAUAAGGACUCAGCUGUCAUUCCUACUGCGAUGGAACCAGAGGAUCGAACCGCCGGCUGCAAGUAUCAGCUGUUGGAUCUGCCUUGGGAAGACGUCCUUGUGACACAUGUGCUGUGUUACCUACCUUUGCGACACUUGGCCAGUCUACAGCGUGUGAGCAGGACUUUCCGCUCUCUAAUUCAGGUUUACCUGGCCAACUGCCGAACCUUCAACACUGCAGAGACAGGUCCUCAUAUCCCAAGGGAAGCGUUCUGUUCCAUGCUCUGUGAUAAUAAAGUUCUCCAGAGUCUCUCCGUGCACAGCUGUUCUAACUGGAUUAGUAAUGAGGAGUUUCUCCCUGUAGUUGGUCAGAACCAGCAGUUGCAGCAUGUAGACCUGAAGGGCUGUGUUCAUUUGACCAGGCAUGCUCUGGUGGCGGUGGCGCUGGGUUGUCCCCGGCUGCAGCACCUUUGCCUGGCUCACUGUGAGUGGGUGGAUAACCUUGCGUUGCGCAGUGUGGCAGAUCACUGCACCGAGCUGCGCACACUGGAUCUGACAGCAUGCAGACAGCUGAGGGAUGAAGCUGUGUGUUACGGUGCAGCACGCUGGCCCGCGCUACGCUCGCUGUCUCUGGCCGUCAAUGCCAACAUCACAGAUACCUCAGUGGAGGAGGUAGCUAAAUGCUGUAGAGAGCUUCAACACCUUGACCUGACGGGCUGUCUGAGGGUGUGCAAUGACAGCAUCAGGACUGUGGCGGAGUACUGCCCUAAACUUCAGUCUCUGAAGGUGAAUCACUGUCACAAUGUUACAGAGUCCAGCCUGGGUGUGCUACGACGACGAGAUGUAGAAAUUGAUGUUCAACCCCCCCUCCAAAGAGCGCUUGUGCUACUGCAGGACGUUGUGGGAUUUGCCCCUUUUAUCAACUUGCAGAUCUAACACUUUAAUACCUGGGCCCCUUGUGUCAUUUAUCUCAGAAAAGAA